AUGUCGCACCUAAGUGGUUACGAUGGAGAAGCAGUGGGUUUUGACUCAGUCACACUGAAUAAAACCGAAGAAAAGGACUCGUCAACUCAAACAACUGAAUUCGCUGAAUCUGGAGUGUCGUCACAGACCAAUGUCUCUAAGGAAACCGGGUCUUCGGUCACAGCUGAAGAUUUGAACGCUCAAGAAGAAGUUUUAAAGGAAUACCCACCGCCAUUACUAACUGAAUUCUUAAGAAGGGUCGUGCCAAAAAUGCUUGAUCAACUAGAAAUAAGCGACAAAGAAUUGCUUUACAAUUCCUCGGACUCUGAUGAGGAAGAGGUGUUAAACGCGAAGUUGUUUCAAGAGAUUAAACUGUCCGAUUUACCUGGUAUGGCUGGAGGAGACCAGUCGCGUUGUAUACUCGAUAUGUCUUGGAGCAGCGCUGGUAAUUCCAUCGCCGUAUCUGUCGGCAGAUUCCAGCACAAAAACUGGAAUAUGAAUGGUGUUAAUAUAACUUGCUUUGACUUUAUAAAGACCUAUCCUUUGCGACCCAGUGAGGAGAAAGUUGCUGAUGACAUCUUCGUGGUAGGAGAGGCUUCAGGACCUUUGUACCUUUGCAAGAUAAAGACUUAUCAGCCAAUUGUUGAUAGUAAAUGCGUUGAUCCUGUCUAUGAGGUGUUUCAAGGACAUAUAGGCUAUGUCCUGGAUGUGGCGUUCAGUUACCAAAAGCCUGGGGUCUUCGUGUCUGCUUCAAUUGAUUCUGAAGUUAGAAUCUAUGAUAUUAGUCAACCUAGUCCCUUGAAGGUGAUCAACAUCGAUAAGUCCGUCUCCUGCAUGUCCUGGCUGCCAAACAACCCAUCCGUGAUUGUGCUGGGGUUGGCAAAACCGGAUUCGCAACUGCUUCAGGUGUUUAACUUGAACAGCGGUCGUCGAGUGCCCGUUGAGGGGUUGACUGGAACCGGCGGGUGUGUCGUAUGCCUCAAAGUCAAUCAGACUAGGUCGGCAAACUACUGGUCGAUUGACCUGAUGGUAAGCAAUCAGUGCCACUCAUGGACACCCGCAACAACGGAGGAGUUACGAGUGCGUUGCCGACCUCUUGAGGAUAAGGGUUGUGGAGAUUUAGAGACUAAGGAUGGAUUGGGGGAGGGAAGGUAUUGGGCCUCUGGUAACCUACGGUACCACACGGCGAAACACAACGCUGUCGUUGUUUCACGAUGGUUUCUGUGA